UUGUUAAAAAAAUUGUAAAAAAAAAAAGAUCUUCUCAAAAAUCAGAGGGAAAGAAAGAAAGGGUAAGCCUUAUCUAAUCCGCAGCGUUCGUUACUCUCUCAACACUUCCAACUUUCUUCUUACACAGAAGAGAGAGAAAAAAAAGGGAAGAGAAGUGAAAAUAAAUUCUUACAGAAAUGGCGAAUUCAAUCUGCUGUUCACCUCUCAUCUCCUUAAACAACGUUACCAAACAACAACCUGGGCUAAUUAGUCACAAGUUUACUACUAAGAGGGCAAAUUGGAUUACUGAUGAUACUUGCAGCUCCAAAACUGCUGGUUUUGAAGCUCUCAAGGCCACAGAGAAAAAAUCGGGAACGAAAGUAAACAGCAUAGUCUGUGCUGAGUGUGAGGGAGAAGGUUGUAAACAAUGUGGGCAAUGCCUUGGCACUGGAGUCAAUUCGGUCGAUCACUUUAACGGGCAGUUCAAAGCAGGCGGCCUCUGUUGGCUGUGCAGGGGUAAGAAGGAGGUUCUUUGUGGUAACUGCAACGGUGCUGGAUUUCUCGGCGGUUUCAUGAGCACGUACGACGACUAGCCAUCUGCUCGACUAUUGCUCUCUUUUUUAUAUUUUGUUUUAUCAAUUUUGUCGACAAUGGUUAACGCCAUUGAUGAACCGACAAAAUGUACCAUUAAUAGAACCCCUUGUAUUAUUGCAAUAAUUACUCGAAAUUCUUACAAGAAUCUUUAGAUUUCUUUUUCCCCAAUUC